AAGCAGAGUGUACCAUACAUCCAGAUGGGAAGGGGGAGUGGGAGUGGAUGGGGACAAGCCAGUUGGCAAUAUCUGACACCUCGGCUAAAAAGAAAUAAAAAAAAAUGUGCAAAUGGUUGUUUAUAUAUGUGGAAAACCUGCGUACAGUUUUUGUUUGUUUUCAGGAUUAGCAAGCGCAAAACAAGGAGGUAAAACCCCAGGCAGCACUCUUGACGCACCCCCUCGAACUCAAGUGGCGUGGGUCCAAAAGUGUAACUUUUUUUCAGACGGUCGAGUAACAGAGACAGAAGUUGCUGGGACAUUGCAGUAGGAACGGUGCAGAGAGAGAGAGUGGCUGCAAGGAGCUGGUGAAUUGUGGAGGUGUCAGACAGCACCUCGGGGGAGAUGCAGCCCAGGAGAGUGGGAGAGCUGCAGGGAAUGUGGCCGCUGACGGUGCUCCUGUUACUCCUUUGUGUCCCUGCGGAAUCUCAGCAGAGAGGACUAUUCCCGGCAAUCCUGAAUCUUGCCAGUAAUGCGGUGAUCUCCACCAAUGCAACGUGUGGUGAAAAUGGUCCUGAGAUGUACUGUAAGCUGGUGGAGCAUGUUCCCGGGCGACCAAUACGCAACCCACAAUGUCGUAUUUGUGACUCGAACAGUGCAAAUCGCAAAGAGCGACAUCCUAUCGUGAGUGCUAUAGAUGGUACCAACAACUGGUGGCAGAGUCCCAGCAUCCAGAAUGGGAGGAAGUAUCACUGGGUGACAAUUACCCUGGACCUGAGACAGGUAUUUCAAGUAGCCUAUGUCAUCAUUAAGGCAGCAAACUCUCCUCGGCCUGGGAACUGGGUGUUGGAACGCUCCAUUGAUGGUGUGGAGUUCACACCCUGGCAGUACUACGCCACAAGUGAUACCGAGUGCCUGACCCGUUACAACAUCGCACCUCGGAUCGGACCACCAACCUACAAGAGGGAUGAUGAAGUGAUCUGCACAUCUUACUAUUCCAGACUCGUCCCGCUAGAGCACGGAGAGAUUCAUACGUCCCUAAUCAAUGGCAGGCCGAGUGCUGAUGAUCCUUCCCUCACUUUGUUGGCGUUUACCUCGGCCCGUUAUAUCCGUCUCCUCCUUCAGCGCAUCAGAACACUCAACGCUGACCUCAUGACCCUUGGCUUCCGUGACCCUCGGGAAGUUGAUCCAAUUGUCACUCGCAGAUAUUAUUAUUCCAUCAAGGACAUCUCUGUUGGAGGCAUGUGUAUCUGUUAUGGUCAUGCACGCAGCUGUCCGUGGGAUGAAACACUAAUGAGAUUGCAGUGCCAAUGUGAACACAAUACCUGUGGGGAGAGCUGCAAUGAGUGUUGCCCUGGUUACCAUCAGAAACCAUGGCAGUCUGGAACCUUUGCUUCUGACAACACUUGUGAGAAGUGUAACUGCCAUGACAAAGCAGAAGACUGUUACUAUGACCAGAGUGUAGCUGAUCGCAAGCUGAGUUUGAACAUACAUGGUCAGUACAAUGGUGGGGGUGUCUGUAUUAAUUGUACCAACAACACUGCAGGCAUCAACUGUGAGACCUGUAUUGAUGGCUUCUACAGACCUCACAAGGUCUCUCCUUUUGACCAUGAUCCUUGCUUGCCAUGUGACUGUAACCCAGCAGGAUCUAUAAAUGCUACUUGUGUGAAGGAUGAUAAUCACGCGCUUAUAGAACGUGGCCUGUUCCCUGGUCAGUGCCAUUGCCAAGACGGUUACACAGGGAAGACAUGCAGCCAUUGUGCUCCGGGCUUCAAAGGCUUUCCCAGUUGUGCACGCUGUAACUGUAGUGUAGCUGGUAGCAUCAAUGAUGACCCUUGCGCUGAGCCGUGCCAAUGCAAGAGAAACGUGGAGGGGGAGAACUGUAACCAGUGCAAGCCAGGGUUCUACAACUUGCAGGAGAGGAAUCCCGAAGGAUGCACAGAGUGCUUCUGCUUUGGGCUCUCUGGUGUUUGCGAAAGCAUUUCCUGGUCCAUUACACAGGUCACAGAUGUUAAUGGAUGGCAAGUGACUGACCGUCAAGGUAUUAAAAGGAUCCAGUCUUAUCAGGAUCUGUAUGGAGGCCCUAUCCGAAUGAACGUUAACAGCACUGAGGCCACAAAGUCUCUGCCUGCUUUGUAUUAUUGGACAGCGCCAGAAUUGUAUUUGGGUAAUAAGUUGACUGCGUAUGGAGGCUACCUGAAGUUCACUGUGUUGUAUGAUUUUCCAGUGGAAAGCAGUGUUAAUGAGGCGAUCUCCAAUAUUGAUGUCAUCAUUGAGGGCAAUGGUCGAACGCUGAGUACAGGGUCUGAGGGCCUCCUGCUCCAACCAUAUGAUGAAAAGCUGGUUUCAGUUCGACUCUUACCCGAGAACUUUGUGGACCUUAAUACAAAUAAUGCAAUUGACCGAGAUCGCCUCAUGACUGUUCUAGUGAAUGUAACACGGCUGCAGAUCAGGGUCAUGUACAACGUCGCCAAACAGGCUGUGUACAGGCUGAGUUCGGUCACGCUGGAUGUUGCGAACCCCAAUGCCAUCGAUAUUCUUCCUGCUGUGGAUGUUGAACACUGUGAAUGCCCACCAGACUACUCUGGCAUUUCCUGUGAGUCUUGUUCCCCAGGUUUUUAUCGUGUCGAUGGAAUCUUGUUUGGAGGAAUCUGCCAGCAGUGUGAAUGUAAUGGCCACGCCAUAGAAUGUGACACUAACGGCACUUGCUUGGGCUGUCAGCACAAUACGACCGGCCGCAAUUGUGACCAGUGCUCCCUUGGAUUGUACGGUGAUGCCAGCAGAGGGACGAGUGAAGAUUGUCAGCCGUGUGCUUGCCCACUGAACAUUUCCUCCAACAACUUCAGCCCAACCUGCUACUUAAACAAAACAGGAAGCAUCAUAUGUGACCAGUGCCAGCCAGGCUACACAGGGACCAGAUGCAACAGGUGUGCUGAUGGUUACUAUGGAAACCCAACAACACCCGGAGAGUCCUGUGUGCCGUGUGACUGUAAUGGCAACGUUGAGGUGUCAGUGCCAGGAAACUGUGACACGGUGACAGGAGAGUGUCUGAAAUGUAUUGGGAACACGGCAGGAAUACGGUGCGAGCAGUGUGCGGAGGGAUUUUUCGGUGAUGCAGUUGUCGCCAAGAACUGCCGCACUUGUGACUGCAAUGUGAAUGGUUCCUACGGUGAGGCAUGUGACCCCAAGACCGGCCAUUGCCAGUGCAAAUCCAAUGUUCUGGGGCAGAAGUGUGACCACUGUUUGCAUGGGUAUUUUGGCUUGAGCACUGGACUGGGCUGUGUUCCCUGCAACUGCAGCCAAUUUGGCUCACUCUCUGAGGACUGUAGCGAUGAUGGGCUCUGUCGCUGUGUGCCAGGGGUGAGUGGAGAGAAGUGUGACCGCUGCGCACAUGGCUUUUAUGGAUUCCAGGAUGGUGGCUGCACACCUUGUGACUGUGCCCACACUCGGAAUAACUGUGCAGAGGAUUCAGGCCAGUGCAUCUGCCCAGCACACACUUAUGGAGACAAAUGUGAACACUGUGAAACCAACUACUGGGGUCAUGACCCUGAAAGUGGGUGCAAGUUUUGUAACUGCAGUGUAGUCGGUUCUGUUGGUCUUCAGUGUGACAGAGUGAGCGGUCAGUGCUCUUGCAAAGAAGAGUUCGGUGGAGAAAAAUGCAGCAAGUGCACCGUUGGCCAUCGAGGCUACCCACAAUGCACUGCUUGCAAGUGCAAUCUCAGUGGUACCAGACCUGAAAAAUGUGACCUGACCAAAGGAGUGUGCAGCUGUGAGGAACACACUGGGCUUUGUCCCUGUAAGGACAGUGUUUCUGGUGUUCAUUGCGAUGAAUGCAGACCUGGAUCGUUUGCUCUCAGUCUCCAGCACCCGGGGGGGUGCAGCCGUUGUUACUGUUCUGGAGUGUCAAAUUCCUGCUCCGAGCUCCAAGGACUGGUCAGGAUUCCACUGACCCUGACACCUGACCAGCUGAGAAUGCGUGUUGUCACCCAAGGCAACCUGACUGGUACCAGAGAGGGGGUCUUCGCUCAGCCCCCAGAGACGUUGCUGGAUGCUGCACUAGUACAGAGGCAUCUGCAAACAGAGCCGUACUAUUGGUCACUACCUGCCCAGUUCACAGGCACUAAGCUGUUGGCCUAUGGAGGGAAACUGAGAUAUGUGGUUGCAUUUUAUGCCUUGGAAGACUCUGGAAGCUUAAACCUGGAGCCCCAGAUCCUACUGAAAGGAUACCACAACAGCAAAAUGGUAAUUUACAGGAACAUGCCAACUCCUGCAAAUGGAGAACAAAUCAGGCACAUGAUAGACCUGACUGAGCAUGAAUGGAAGUAUUUCAAUUCAGUAUCUGACCAACCCGUCACCCGCCCUGACUUCAUGUCAGUCCUCAGCAACGUUGAAUAUUUCCUGAUUAAAGCUUCCUAUGGCACUGGACUCCAGCAAAGCAGGAUUUCUAAUAUCUCCAUGGAGAUUGCGAUAGAGGAUGAUGGAACUCAUGCAUUGAGAGAUCGUGCACGUCAGAUUGAGAUCUGUGACUGCCCCCCUGGAAACGCAGGCCUCUCCUGCCAGGAAUGUGCUCCUGGGUUCUACAGACAAAAGAUGACUGAUGGCCUACAGUCACUCAAUACCGUGUGUGUCUCAUGCAAGUGCAACAACCACAGUAACAUCUGUGACCUUGAUACAGGCAAAUGUCAAGCUUGUCGUGACAACACAACGGGUGAUCACUGUGAGCUGUGUGCUUCGGGAUACUAUGGCAGAGUCGGUGGAUCUAUCACGGACUGCUCCCUUUGUGCCUGUCCCAGAUCCCAUUCUGGCAGCUUUAGCCCCACAUGUGUAUUGGAGGGCGUGAGUGAUUUCCGUUGUAAUUCCUGUCUGAUUGGCUAUGAAGGACAGUACUGUGAGAGAUGUGCUCCUGGUUACUAUGGUAGCCCACGUGUACCAGGCGGUAGAUGUCAAAGGUGUGAAUGUAACCCGAAUGGUUCUGUGCACAUCAACUGUCAUCCUUUAAUGGGCCAUUGUGUUUGCAAACCAGGUGUAACGGGUCGACUCUGUAAUCAAUGUGAAGCUAAGCAUGUGCUGGUGGAAAGUGAAUGCAUAUCUUGUGAUGAUGAUUGCACAGGACUCCUGCUAUCUGAUCUUAGCAACUUGGAAACCAUUUUGAUGACAUUAAACGUGACAGGCUUUGAUCCAGCUCCCUAUAAUCUCUUUACUGACAUAGAAAACAGGACAGAACAAUACAAGGUCGCUCUGGAAUUGGCUGAUGGACACAAUCUGGAUGAAGCUGUUGGGAGAACACUAACCAGGGGUUUGGAACUUGCAGUUUUUGUAAAUAAAACAACCAAGACAAUAAAUGCUCUCGUUGACAUGGCAAAUCACCUAAAUGAAACACUGGGCACUGACCUGAAUCUUUCAGACACCAAAUUGCAGCAACUCCAGCACGAGAUCCUGAAUAUGCUGGAAUCCAUGCGGAAUAGAGUGUUUAAUCAUUCAAAAGAAAUUUCCGAAAUGGAACUAAAAGCGGCACAAGAUCUGUUGGCCAGCGUGCAGAAGGAGUUUCAGAAACCCCAUAAGGAACUGAAGGACUUGAAAAUUAGGGUCAAGGAUAUGUUAGUCCAACGUGCGAAUGGGUUGCAGGAAGCUCAAAAGCUAGUGAAUGAAGCACGUUCAAACACCGAUGAAAGCAGCAGGAUGCUCCUCAGCAUCACCAGCGGCCUGCGAGAGCUCCAGGAAAAACAGCAGACUGUGAGGAGUAUCAAGACACUGACAACAAGCCUGAUCCAAGAUGGGCGAGAGAUGCUGGACACUGCAGCAAAUAUGACACAAGACAUUGUGAACAACACAGCUUUUCUGGAGCAAUACAGUGACCAGCUGGAUUUGUGGAAUACUAAGAUGAGGAUGCACCUUGACAAGUUGGUAAUGGAGAUGACUCAAAAGAGUGUGCUCAGCCUCGUCUAUAAGGCAGAAGACCAUGCUGAAGAACUCAGUGAGAUUGCGAAUCUGCUGAACAGUUCCCUUGCAGCUGUAAGAAACAUGUCUCUGAAUGCCACAGUGGCCAUCAACACACACUCCAAUAUCAAAGCACUCAUUGAUGAAGCUGCAAGCAUUGCAUUGGAAGCUAGGAACAAAGCUGAUGCUGCAUUGAAGUUGGCCAUUAGUCCACAAAAACCACUGGAGGAGUUUGGCAGGAAGUCAGCCCAGCGCAGUUCAGAGAUCCUAAGCGAUGCAAAUGAUUUGAAAAACAGAACUGCUGGGCUUGUGAAUCAGCUGAAUGGAUUGAAGGGGAAGGUGGACCAGAUUCAGAAGGGCGUGGGUAAUGUGAGCAGGCACCUCAACAAGCCCUGGCGCAUUCUGGCACAGUUGCCAAAUGGGACAGAUGCUCGAUUCCAAGAGGCGAAGGAUCGUGCAGUCUCGGCAAACCUGACAGCAGCUGCAACUCUUGCUGAAAUUCAGCAGUUCAGUCAGCAGCUGCUGAGCACAUCUGGCUCCGUGGCGAGAGUCAAUAAAACCGUCAGAGAAACAAAUGACCUCAUCAGUGAUUCAGCGAAGACUGCGGCGGCCGCUGGUAAAAAGGUGCAGGAGGUCGAAGUUCAAGCCAACUACCUGCUGGAGAAGCUGAAGCCGCUGAAAGUUCUGGAGGAGAACCUGAACAGAAACUUAUCAGAGAUAAAGGAAUUGAUCAGUCAGGCGCGGAAGCAAGCUGCUUCGAUUAAAGUGGCAGUAUCAGCCAACCAUGAUUGUGUCCGUGCCUACCAACCAGCAGUGACAAGCAGCAACUACAACACUCUGACACUGAAUGUGAAAACCUCCGAAUCAGAAAACUUGCUGUUCUACCUCGGCAGCAGCACCAGUACUGAAUUCCUGGCUGUGGAGAUGAGACAUGGCAGGGUUGUCUUCCUAUGGGAUGUGGGCUCUGGCACAACGAGACUGGAAUACCCCGAUCUUCAAAUUAACAACAACAAGUGGUACAGGAUUCACGCUGCCAGGUUUGGCCGUAUGGGUACCUUAUCUGUUCAAGAAGUUGGUGCGUCCAGUUUAGACAAGCCAGUGGUAAAGACAGCCUCAUCUCCUGGAACCUCCACUGUAUUGGAUGUGGACAAUACCACACUCGUGUUUGUUGGGGGUCUCUCGAAACAAAUGAAGAAAGUAGCGGCUGUGAGGAUUACCCACUUCAAAGGUUGCUUGGGUGAAGCCUUCCUGGAUGGGAAAUCCAUCGGCUUGUGGAACUUCCGAGGAAGAGAAGGGAGUUGUAGUGGCUGCUUUGCGAGGUCACAGAACGAAGACAUUGCUUUCCACUUUGAUGGUAGUGGCUAUUCAGCUGUCGAGAAAGUGUUACGUUCCACAACAACCCAGCUGGUGAUGCAGUUCAGCACAUUCUCACCAAAUGGCUUGCUCCUCUACCUCGCUUCAAAUGGCACCAGAGAUUUCUUAGCAGUAGAGCUGGCAGACGGGAAAGUGCGAGUGACCUUUGACCUAGGGUCUGGAGUUCUAACCCUUAUGUCAGAGAAAAGAUACAACAAUGGAACAUGGUUUAAAAUUGCAUUUCAGCGCAACCGGAAGCUAGGUAUUUUGGCUGUCAUGGACCCAUUUAAUUCAACGGAUCGAGAAACCAAGCAAGGAGAAUCACCAGGAACUGCUUCAGAUCUCAAUCGUGGGAACAAAGAUCCAAUCUAUGUCGGAGGAUUGCCGCGCUCCAGAAGCUACAGGAAAGAAGUUCUCAGCAAAUCGUUUGUGGGUUGCUUGAAGAAAUUGGAGAUUUACCGUUCAACUUUCGACCUGCUGAGGAAUUCCUUGGGUGUGAGGAAAGGUUGUUUGCUUGAGCCUAUCCGUAGUGUGACAGUUUGGAAUGAUGGCUACAUUCAGUUACAGCCACAAGUCCUUCCAGUGGAAGCCAGGUUAAUGACAACCUUUAGUACGCAGAAUGACACUGGGAUCAUUUUAGCCGGGUUUGGCAAAUCAACGAGGAACCGCAAUCGUCGGCAGACAAAGAUGGCGUUCUUUGCUGUGAUGAUGAUUGAUGGCCGUGUGGAAGCUCAUGUCAACACCGGUGAUGGAGUCCAUACCAGGAGAGUCAUUGCCAAGUCUCCUUCAGGAACCUUCAGUGACGGGCAGGAACAUUCGAUCAUACUGUCGAGAAGUAAGAGGAUUAUGACGUUGCAGAUUGAUGAAGGAAACCGCCUUGAAAUGAGACUCGGGGCCUCAGCGGAUACCAGUCCAUUGAAUAUAACCAGAUUCUAUGUUGGCGGGGUUCCAACUGGAGAGGGCGCUAUUGUCCUUAAGAUCACAAGCUCCUUCACAGGCUGCAUUAAGAACCUGGUCCUGAAUACAGAGUUGUUGGACUUCAGCGGCGUUUUGAGGUACCAGAAUAUCGACCUGGACAGCUGCCUGCUUUCAGCCCCUGAGCCGGACAAGAGAGACUUGGAGCUGGUGCUUCAGCCGACUGCAAAACCCAUCCAACCGCCCGUGAGAAACACCAGCCCCACCCACUCGCCAUAUAGCUCCUCCUCCAACAAGAAAACUUGUACAGUGGACAAAUUGCCAGGCUACGUUGCCAAUGCUCAUCAGUUUGGACUCUCCAAAGGCAGUCACAUGAUUCUGUCCCUUGAUGAAACCACAGUUAAGAGGAAAUUUGUCAUUCAGCUGAAUAUUAGAACUUAUGCCUCCAAUGGCCUAAUAUAUUAUAUGGCCCAUCAAAACCAGAUUGACUACGCCACCCUUCAACUAUGGAAGGGGCAGUUACAUUUCCUGUUUAACCUCGGGAAAGGCACAGCAACGUCCAUCAUGCCCACUCCUAUUAAUGAUGGCAAAUGGCAUACAGUGAAAACAGAAUAUGUAAAGCGAAGAGGUCUGAUUACCGUCGAUGGGAAGGAAUCCAAUCCGGCUUUGGGAGAUGGUAAUUCACUGGAUGUUGAAGGAAGGCUGUAUCUUGGAGGUUUGCCUUUAGAUUACACUGCCAGGAAAAUAGGAAAUGCGACGCACAGUAUCCCUGCUUGUAUUGGCAAUGUGGCAUUGAAUAACAAGCCCCUGGACCUGGAGAGGCCAGUUUCCAUCCUUACUGUGAGCAGGUGUUACUUGGCUGUCCAGGAGGGCACUUUCUUCGAUGGCACUGGAUUUGCUGCGCUGGUGAAAGAAGGUUACAAAGUGAGGUCAGAUGUAAUUGUUACAUUUGAGUUCCGCAGUACGACCCGAAACGCGGUACUGCUUGGCAUCAGCAGUGCUAAGGUGGAUGCAAUUGGACUGGAGAUUGUAAAUGGCAAGGUUCUGUUCCAUGUAAAUAAUGGAGCUGGAAGAAUUACAGCCAGAUAUGAACCCAAGGAUUCAAACCAGCUGUGCAAUGGGAAGUGGCAUAAACUUCGAGCCAAUAAGAGCAAGCAUCGUAUUACACUGACUGUGGAUGGAGUUACUGUGCAAGCUGACAAUCCUCAUAUUCAGUCAACUUCAGCAGACACUAAUGAUCCAAUUUAUGUAGGAGGCUAUCCUGCUAAUGUGAAACAAAAUUGCCUGACCCUUCAAGAGCCAUUCCAGGGCUGCAUAAGGAACCUCAAGCUGACAAAAAACCAACAGAUCCAGGCCUUUGAUUUCAGCAAAGCCUUUGACCUCCGAGGCGUCUUUCCUCAUUCUUGCCCCGGCAUCGAACAGUAGACUUCAGGAAUGUCCUCCCAGCCGAGAGAAUUUCAUCAAAACAACUGCUCCAAACUCCUUUCACAAUUGUAUUAAUUGCCCUUCUUUACUCAGGAUAAAAAUGCAUUUUAAGACGAUAUAUCACUUGUUUCUGACAGAUGCUUAACUAAAAGCGUUUUGUACUAUGCAACAAGUACCUCCAUAAACAAAACCAUUAACAACAUCAGGAUGGAAUAUUUUAAUUUUUUUUAAUGUUUACAAUUGUUUUUUUCCCCGACAGUAUUUCCUGAAAUGUUAAUCUGUGUUUGUUUUGAAUAUGUUAUCAUUUUGCAAAUAAAGUGUAAACAUGAUU